AUGACUUUUCACGAAAAUUAUUCAAGUCUUUUUGCUCAACUACUACCUUCAUUAAUAAAAGCUAGAUGGAAUCAGCUUACAACUCGAAAAAAAAAUCCAUUAUCUGAAAGUGAAGCUAGUAGUAUUAGCCCUAUUAUAGAGGCAUUUUUAAAACAUAAAGUUGAUAGAUACCAAAGAAAUAAAAAAUCUCAAUAUAAUCCUAUAAUAGAAGUAGAGGCAGAGUCUUAUUGUACAGUGAUACCAGUUUCAAAACCCAAAAAGUCAAGAUUCGAAGAGACAAAAUCUCAAAUCUCUGAUUCUUCUCCUAAUAGCUUGCUUUAUAGACCCAAAGAGUUAUAUUCUGAAGAAGAGGUUAAUGCUAGAAUCAAAAAUGCUACAAAUAAUUUACGUCAAGAAUUUAUUAAAUCUAUUGAAAAAACUUUAAAAAAUAUUAAGCAACAAAAAGAAAUAGAAUGCAACCAAAUUAAGAUAGAUAUGAGAAAUAAAUUUGAGUUUACAUUAAAAAAAUUUAUCUAA